CCGCAGAUGCCAGCGCUCGCGGUGCUUGCGGCGGCCGUCGCGGCGUGGUGCUUGCUCCAGGCGGAGAGUCGGCACCUGGAUGCGCUCGCGGGAGGCGCCGGCGGCAACAACGGCAAUUUCCUGGACAAUGACCAGUGGCUGAGCACCGUCUCCCAGUACGACCGGGACAAGUAUUGGAACCGCUUUCGAGACGAAGUUGAGGAUGAUUACUUCAGAAACUGGAAUCCCAACAAGCCCUUUGACCAAGCCCUGGACCCAUCCAAAGACCCCUGCCUGAAGGUGAAAUGCAGCCCUCACAAGGUAUGCGUGACCCAGGACUACCAGACUGCGCUCUGUGUCAGCCGCAAGCACCUGCUCCCCAGGCAAAAGAAGGGGAACGUGGCCCACAAACACUGGGUUGGACCUUCGAAUCUGGUCAAGUGCAGACCCUGCCCCGUGGCUCAGUCGGCCAUGGUUUGCGGCUCCGAUGGUCACACCUACACCUCCAAGUGCAAGUUGGAGUUCCAUGCUUGUUCUACUGGCAAAAGCCUCUCCACCCUCUGUGAUGGGCCCUGCCCUUGUCUUCCGGAGCCCGAGCCACCCAGACACAAGGCGGAGAAGAACGCCUGCACCGACAAGGAGCUGCGGAGCCUGGCCGCCCGCCUGAAGGACUGGUUUGGAGCCCUGCACGAGGAUGCCAACAGGGUCAUCAAGCCCACCAGCUCCGACACGGCGCAAGGCAGAUUCGACACCAGCAUCCUGCCCAUCUGCAAGGAUUCCCUGGGCUGGAUGUUCAACAAGCUGGACAUGAACUACGACCUCCUGCUGGACCACUCCGAGAUCAACGCCAUCUACCUGGACAAGUACGAGCCGUGCAUCAAGGCGCUCUUCAACUCCUGCGACUCCUUCAAGGACGGCAAGCUCUCCAACAACGAGUGGUGCUACUGCUUCCAGAAGCCUGGAGGUCUCCCUUGCCAGAAUGAAAUGAACAGGAUUCAGAAGCUGAGCAAGGGGAAAAGUCUGUUGGGCGCCUUCAUCCCCCGCUGCAAUGACGAGGGCUACUACAGAGCCACGCAGUGCCACGGCGGCACCGGCCAGUGCUGGUGCGUGGAUAAAUACGGCAACGAGCUGGCCGGCUCCCGCAAACAGGGCACCGUGAGCUGCGAGGAGGAGCAGGAAACGUCCGGGGACUUUGGCAGCGGCGGCUCCGUGGUCCUGCUGGAUGACCUCGAGGACGAGCGGGACCUGGGAGCCAAGGACACGCUGGGGAAGCUGAGGGUGCGCGCCCGGGCUGUGCGGGAGGACGACGAGGACGAAGACGACGACAAAGAGGACGAGGUCGGGUACAUCUGGUAGUGCCCGCGGGCGAGAGGACACGAGGUCGGCGAGACCGCGAGCCUCUUCCUGCCCCCGCAUCUGUAUCUCCACGCCACGGCCCCAGGCCUCUUCUCCACCGCCGCCCCGCCUGCCCGCGCCGCGAGCCCACAUUCCAGGAGCAGGGGCCCCGCACACGCCCGCGUGGGAGCAGCGUUUGUCGUCUGGACAGGGACAGCUGCUGAGCAGUCCUUCCCGCUCGCCCGCGGGGUUUUCGCGACCAGCAUGUGAUGUGUGUGGGACUCUGAGCGUGCGGGGAGCCCCAUCCUUGAAAGUCCAAGGCCCUCCCCACCCCCGCGCGGUGGUGUCACAGCAUGGUCCCCGGCCCUGCGGUGUCUGUGCUUCUCUCGUGUCCUGUAGAUGUUGUGGAAGACACGCCACACUGCACCUCCCCCGCCCACCCCGUGUGCUUCUCCUGAAAAAUUAGUUUUUCACCUCACUGUAUCUGGUCUCCUUACAAACAACAGCCUUAAUUCAGUCCAGGUCCCUCUGGGGAAUUGCUUAUUAAAAAACGGCGUCUGGACGUGCCGCUGGAAGCGCGUGAUGUACGUGCCGAGGCGGCUGUGCGCUGCGCAGACACAACCCACGGUCCUGCCACAAACCGCUGGAACCUAUUACAGCCCCAUUGUACAAAGAGGCCCCGACCCGGGGCCCCGAUUCUCCAAUACACAGUCUCUAGCGAAGUCCUGGUUUGCACUAAUGGCACUGGCAGCCCCUGGCCAGGAGGCCACAUCUCUCCGCAGCAGAGACCCUGGGAGCGGGUUUGCCUGGCCUCAGCCUCUGACCCCCUUCCCACACAGCAGCUCCCGCUCCCAGCCCCAGGGCAGCAGUCCUGUCUGCCCGGCUCCUGCCUCCCACCCACCCCACCCCAGAGUGCUCCCGAAGGUCUGCACACAUGUCCCCUCCUCUCCCAGGGCACAGCACCCUGGUGUUCCUUACUGGAGGACAAUUCAGGAUUCUAAACUCAACUUUCUGCUUUUUGCCACCUUUCUAUUCUACACAUCACCGAUGAGGGUCCACAGACUUUCCGGAUUUCCAUCACUCCUUAUGCAAAGACCGAGGUGGAGGGAAGCCUAGACAGAACUUCAGAGCAGUGCAGGGAAGCUGAGGCUGGGAUUUUAAGAGCUAGUCCUACCCCGCCCCUCACCCACAUACCCACACUGGUGUCAAGAUGCUAAUGCAGACGCCCCUGGCCAUCGCCUCUCUGUCCCCUGAGUGCACUGCUAAGAGCAGAGUGUCUGCAAAUGUGGCAGAGUCCUCGUGGCUGCAGCUGUCCUCUCCCUGUUGGGGAGGCCCAGAUCCAAGUACCAAAGAGCAGUCAUCACGCUGCCCACCAUUAGGCUCUGCGGGCCGGCCACGGCCUGCUCUGCCACUGGCACAGUGCCCUGGCCCACACUCCUUCCCUCCCCCAGGAGCCGGCCCGUCCGAGGAAGACCACGUCCACUCAGGCAAAGGGCCCCUGGGAAAACCUUCCUCAGUGGCGGAGGCCACCCCCACCCACAGCACCCUUUCCUUGGGACUUCACCAAGCCGCCUCUAGCACUGGCCAGAAACGGCAUUACACCCAGGGUUACUCUCAGAAGAUGAGUGACGUGGUGACGGGCACCCUUUGGCCCCCAGUCAGGAGUAAAGCCAGGGGGGGGGGGAGAGACACAGGUAAGUUCGGUACUGGCAUCUUAACGCCCAUCAACUCUGUUUCAUUUUUUUUGUUUUCCCCUCACUUGAACCAAAUUCUGAAAUCCUAAAUCAGAAAACUGGUGCUUAAUUGCCGCUAAAUGACAAUAGACUGUAUAAAGGAAUCAAGACAUUAAAAAAUCUCACUUUAGACCAUCCAGGAAAACCAUUGUUACUAUCUCCUGAGCUGGGAAAAACGCACAGGAGAACAAAUUAAAAUCGACAAAUUGAUCUCACUUAGAGAAACUUCAAGGAAUCGAGUGAACCCACUGAUUUUAAUUUGCCUAAUUAUCUUAUGACAAGUGUCAAAUUCAGUUGACACUUAAAGAUCCUUCGCAUUAACUUAAUGCUGGAGAAGAGUGCUCAGUAGUCAAUUCCCAGUAAGAUAAUGAGAUGCUCAAGUUCAGCAAUAUUCCAAGAAGGUAUUUUGAUUCAUUAAAAUGUUAAAUAAAAAGUCCUCCUAAGACUGGAACCCAAAAUCAAUGGAGAAACAUUAACAUCACUUUUCAUGCCUCACUUUGAUAUACUGACGUUCCAUCUUUAUGGUUAAGGCCUUUAGUACUUCUACAAGUACGAAAGGAUUCUUUUAAGUCACCCUGUCCUUCUAAGCAGAAUUUAGGUUUUCCUCUUUUUUGGCAGGAGUCCUUUAGCUAGUGACAAAAUGCACAUAAAAUAUUUAACUACAAAAAUCACUGCUGCGAUUAUCCAGUCCCUUGUUUAGACAGGAAUUGAGCCGAGUCUUCACUAAGCUCUUCUGGCUCCCAGCAAACUAGUCAACAGUUCUCUCCCCAUCCCAUAAGUGGUUCCUGUUCUCAUCCUAUUCUUUGGCAUCAGGCUUAACCCAAUGGUGAGUCAUCUGCCACAUCAAUGUCCUUUAUUUCCACUAAUACUCCAGGCAUGGGAAUGCCUUAGUAUGGACUUGGGAGGUGGUUUUCUUUUUAAGCAGUUUGCCCUUCUCACGCCCCUUCCCGCCCGGCGGUGACAGGAUGUGUCUGUCCAGGCCUGCCCCUGCUCCUCCCGGGAUGCCGUCCGUGCUUGUUUCUACCUUGACCACACUGUACAGUAACAUCCAAGAGCCCUUUCUACAGUGGGUGGUUUUGGUCUUUUUAUACCUUUUUCUCAAAGUCACUGAUGUCUGUCCCUGUUCAAUGUGUAGCAUUGUAAUGAGCGCCCACAAAUCCUCCGUGUCAGUUUAUUGUCCCUAUCGUAGAUGAAAUAGUGAAGUAGAAAACCUUAGUAAAUUUUGAAUGCUUUUCCACGUAGACUUAUCCGGAAUGUGAACGCGACUCUUUGGUUAACAGUAAAUACUUAAUUGUAGUCCCGACCGAGUAGGUGCAUUUCUGUCUGUCUCAAUAAAUUUUAAUUUGUCUGC